UUCAUUUCAGCAUCCAGAGACUGAGACCCGUGAACCGGUUCUGCAAUCAGACUGCGCAGGUUGUGAUAUCCUGGAGCCAUGGAUCGUGGCUUGGGAGCGGCCCGCGUUAUUAGCAGCUUGCGUUGGAAGUUGACAGAGGUCUUUGCGGAGGACACAGUUGGCUUGUUCGAUGAGGUCAGCUCCCUGCUCCAAAUAACCCAUGAAGAAUAUUUAAAUGGCAGCACAACCCAGAGCCGAGUUAAGAGGACCGAAUGGUUAUUAACCAUCAUAUUAGAGAAAGGUGACGAAGCCUGUGAAAAAUUCCUCAGCCACGUGAAAAACAUGAUUCCACGGUUUCCAGCAUUAUCCGGGCUUUCAGGAUACUUCCCGGAAAAUAAAGUGAAAAUAUUCGAUGAGCUUCUGGAUCAGCUGGGGAUGAAGGCUCGGUUGCGUUCGAAGCUCGAACUGAAGGAUGUCUUACAGAUUGAACGAGUGAAUGUAAAAGACUUUCACCCCCGGGAUUUACGGGAUAUUCCCUGGCAUUUCCUAAAGAAACUCAUGGCUCUUAACAGGACCGCCAGGAACACCGACUGUGCAAAAAGUCAACUCUGUACAGGGCAAAAUCUAGAUAACAUAGAAAAUAAUGACCUCUUUCAGUUUUUUAAUAUUGGCGUUGAAAAUGUUAAAUCCUAUUCUGUCCACCCCCUCGACGUCCUGUGCGUUCUCCUCCAUUGUUCAGAUGGUUUCCUACAGCAAGAAAUAGUAUCGAAAAUGUCCAUGUGCCAGUUUGCUGUCCCUCUGCUGCUCCCUGCUGGCGAUGGCGUGAACUGCACCUUCAUGCUUUGGGCGAUGAGAGAUCUGGUGAAGAGGUGGAGACCUCAUUCAUUAGCAGACGCAAAAGGCUUUUUGGAGGAAAGUGUGGUUGAUAUUCCCAUGCCAACCUUCUCUUUUGUGAGAAUGGGAAAAAAUAAAUUAUCCAAAUCUAAAAUCCUGAAUCAGGUUCUUAACCCAGCCCAGCAGUAUCAUGACUUUUUCAUUCAUGAGGACCUGCAAGGAGGGAACGCUGAAAGAAAAAUAUCCGAUGGACUGGUGGAAAUGUCCUGGUAUUUCCCUUCUGGUAGCAGGAGUUCUGACAUUUACCCUGAGCCGAUUGCGGUGGCCAACCUGCGAGGAGAGCUGGAGUCCAACGUCACGCAAUUCAGCUUCUUAACACAAGUGUCUUCAGCCGUUUUUAUAUUUACUGAGAAUAUUUGUGAGCGAGAAUACAGAAUGUUAUCAAACUGCAGUAACUCCGAAGCAAAGUUGUAUUUUAUUAUCACUCCAGGCCCUGGCAGAAAUGUAAAUGCAGAAACACUGCAGAACCUGAAACAAUUAAUGACCGUGCUAAAGCUGAAGAAAGAAGAUAUUAUAUUUAAGCAAAGCACAGAUAAUGAUACGGUACUGGUGCAAAAUAUUCAAUCCGUUAUUAAUUCUUCCCUAAUUCAUCACAAAACGACGACGCUCGAAAACAUGGGGGAACGGGCGGCUGGCCUCAAUAUCUACGUAGACCAAAGUUUGGAGGAGUGCCGUCAUGCGCGGGAACAUGCUUUGAAAAUAACCGGAGAGAUAAAAGAUGUGGCUCAGUAUAAGAAGGAAGCGAUGAGCCUGCAGGGAGAUCUGUGGAAGCAGUUGUCGAAAAUAGAAAAAGAAAUGUGCAGAAUGAAAGACCAAGGGACGACGGACGCACAAAUGUAUCGUAGUGAGCUGCUGCGCCAACGCAUUUCGAUUCAUGAGAAGCAACACCGACAUAGCAUUCACAAUAGUAUAAUGAUGUUUAUCGAUGGCAUUUUUCAUUUGUCUGGGAAAGAAAAACAUUAUUUUUUAAAAUGGAUGAAAUUUGAACUCGAUUGCGUUGCUAGAAAAAAACUGUCAUCCUUACAGGCUGAAUACAAGGAAAAAAUUAACAAUCCAAAAAAUAAUCAGGAAGAAAUAAAGCAGCUGGAUCACAGAAUCUCCGCCAGCUCGUUGGGAAUCGAACAUUUCUUGCGUGAGCUGGGACAGCUGUACGAGGCAGAAUAUUCCAUGUACAAAGAAGAAAAAAAUCAUAUACAUGAGAGACAAUUUGUCCACCUCCCGGGAAUUGCAGCAGAUCUUCUGCUGGAUGGCUUCCCUUUGGAGCUGAUUGAUGGAGAUGCUUCCAACAUCCCUCUGCAGUGGAUUACUGACGUUCUGACUGAGCUAGACAGCAAGACAGGAGGACGAUGUCGACUGAGAGUGAUCACAGUGCUGGGAGUUCAGAGCACAGGGAAGUCCACCCUCCUGAACACUAUGUUUGGUUUACAGUUCCCGGUGGCUAGUGGGCGAUGCACACGUGGGGCAUUCAUGACACUAAUUAAGGUUGAGGAGAACCUCCAGGAGGAGCUGGGGUGUGACUUUAUCUUGGUGAUAGAUACCGAAGGUUUGAAAGCCCCAGAAUUGUCUUCUCUAGAAGGCAGUUAUGAACAUGACAAUGAGCUGGCGACACUAGUGGUCGGGUUGAGCGAUAUCACCAUAGUCAACAUGGCCAUGGAGAACACGACAGAAAUGAAAGAUAUUUUGCAGAUUGUUGUCCAUGCUUUUCUGAGGAUGAAAGAAGUUGGUAAGAAACCCAACUGCCAGUUUGUCCACCAGAAUGUGAGUGAUGUAUCCGCUCAUGAAAAAAACAUGAGGGACAGAAGAAAACUCCUAGAGCAUUUGGAUGGAAUGACCAAAGCAGCUGCAAAAAUGGAAAAUAAAUUUGGAAUCACAAAAUUUAGUGAUAUGAUGGACUACGAUGUUGAAAAAGACAACUGGUACAUUCCUGGCUUGUGGCACGGAGUCCCACCAAUGGCUCCGGUAAACUUUGGUUACAGUGAAAAUGUUUCGGAGCUGAAGAAAUAUUUAACUGAAUUUAUGAAAAGGUGUAAAGCUGAAAGCACACCGCCCAACAUUAAGGAUUUCAUUGAAUGGAUUAAAAGUUUAUGGAAUGCGGUGAAAUAUGAGAAAUUUAUAUUCAGUUUCAGAAACAGUCUGGUAGCCGAAGCUUAUAACAAACUCUCCACUCAGUUCUCUCAGUGGGAAUGGAACUUCACCAAAACCGUGCUCGGCUGGCUGAGCGAAACAGAAACGGCCGUUAGGAAUCAGACUUCAGUUCAGUUAAAUGAAGAAAUGUGUCAAAGUUAUAAGGAUGAUCUACGAAGGGUGCUCUGCGAAGGAGAAGCGCAAAUGCUGGAGCAUGUGCAGAAAUAUUUUGAGAAUAAGACUGAGAAUGUGCAGCUGAUAGAAAGAUACAAGGAAGAUUUUUUAAAGAGUGUAAAGUUUCUCAGAAAGGAACUGGAAAGAAAUGCGCUCAACAAAUGCGAUGAAGCUUUCCAAAUCCAGAACAGUAAGGUCAAGAUUGAGAAUAUCAAGGAUGAAUAUCAGAAGUCGAUCGAAACGAAGGUGAGUGAACUUUUAGAGAGAUGCAGAAAAAUGGAGUGCCAGCUCAGUAAGGAAACCUUGGAAAAAGAAUUUGAUGCCAUGUGGAAAAAAACAGUCUCAGAGUUCCAAGUUGGGUCCCUAAAAAAGCGAGAUAUCAGUAAAUCUAUUUUACAGCAACUGUCAAACAACAUGAGCAACAAAGGAUCAGAAAUAAAUAAAGAGAUAUCGAAAGUGAACAGUUUACAGGAAUUUAAACAAAACACGCUUAAAGUCAACGACUCUCAUAUUGAACGUUCUUGGUAUGCACCGGUGGUAGAUAAGCUGUUCAGGAAAGAAGACUACAAACUUAGUAUAACUCAGCUGUCUAACACACUAAUAGACAUGUGCAAACAAAACGUCGGAGAGAAAAUGAAUACAAGAUCUGACUAUGAUGAUUCUUACAGCCAGGGACUGCUGCACUUGAUCGAUGAGAAACUUCAAGACACGGAUACUAAAAAGAUUCCUUUUACAACUAAAUUUGAGCUGGACAUUAAAAUGUUAAAUCUUGCCCGAGCUGCACCAUUAUUUCAGGAGAUGCAUGAUCGAUUCAUCCAAGAGAAUGAUCCAAAGCUGUCUCUGGAAAGGUUAAAGCCUCAAUAUUUAUCAACUUUUCAGGCAGUUUACCAAAAAAAAGACAUGAGCCAGCAGAAAGCUCAAUCGUUUUGCGACAGCAUCCUGGCGCCAGCUUUAACUGAAUAUAUUUACAAAUGUCUCGGAGAAAAAAUGGUCACCGAUGUGGUAGACGGCUCCGAUACCAUGUUCAAUAGCCGAUCAUUUUUCCAAUAUUCUGUGCUGGAGAGCCUGUUAGAAAAAGAAGACUUCAGGGAAUAUGUAAGAUACAUUUCAUCAUAUCGGGGGUUUUUGAAAGACUGGAUCCGCCAAUACGUCUGUGAAAAAUACAAAAAAUCUUUGAGUCUAGAAACUCUACAAAAAAAUAUUUUAUCUUCGGUAGUUAAAAAAAUACAAGCUUUCCUAGCAAACGAGAAAUGCCUCGAGAAUAACAGCGUUUCAGAGCUUUUGAAAAACCUCUGCGAGGAACUAAAAAGCGAGCUGGUAAUUUCUCAAAGUGAAAUAAAUGCCAUCACGUUCGAGAACAACACAGAGGUUGCCCAGUUUGCGGGUGACGUUAGGAUUUUUGUAGAGGAAACCGAAAAACGAAUCCUGAAAGAAGCGAAGUCGUGGAGCGUUGAAUUUGCACUCUUCAAGGUCACCUUGAACCCUGUGGAUGUAUUGCUGGAGAAGGUGAUCGGAUGCGGGAAGCAGUGUCCAUUCUGUAAGGUGCCCUGUGAGGCCGGAGGAAAAGACCAUACGGAGCACAAGGCAUCUUUCCACCGACCUGAAGGAUUAGGAAGAUACAGAUGGGACUCAAAUGAAACUUUAGUGAUAGACAUAUGUUCUACCUCCGUGGUGUCAAAUAAUUGCUUUAAAAAUAAAGACACAAACUGCGAGUGGCACGAUUAUAAAGAUUACAAAAAAAUUUACCCCGACUGGGCCAUCCAACCUGACGACUCCAUGCAGGCCUCCGAUUACUGGAAAUACAUCUUUAACAAGUUUAAUGAGCAGUUUGCAGCUGAAUAUAAGGCCAAGCCGGCUGCACUGCCCUGGGAAUGGAAAAAACUAAGCAAGAACGAUGCCCUCCGGAGCCUGAAAGGAGUAUUUAAUAGAACAUAAUCAUUAGUCUGUUAAUUGUCGUCACAAUAUCGGGCUUAUAUAUAGAUAAGAAAACGCAGAUCCUAAACCCGGCUCCGUCCACGUUGCUAGGAUGUUGCGAUUAAAAUAUUUUGUUUAAUUAAGACUUUCCGUUUGCUGUUCAGUAGUUUGUAGGUUGCUUAGCGGACGCUGACAUUGUUCCCUGUUUAGUUUUCGCUUGUACUUUCAUUGCCAUUUUUGUUCUGUACGUGGAUUUACUUGCUCACGUAACCAUUUGUGUGGACUCCUUGACUUUAUGCUUCAUUUUGUUCUUGUGAAAAGAUUUAAUAAAGUUUCUCUUCAUUCAAUACUGA